AUGUCUCUCCAGGCAGUGCUCGAACGAGGCGACGAUAUCCUGGGCCAGUUCCCCAGAGACUCGUCCUUCUGGAACUACGCGAGCCAGGCAACCUGUGUGCUCGCUGUUGGAUGGUCCAAGCUCGUGCUCCAGACAUGUUACAGGCCCAGGAUCACGGGCGUAGAGAAGCUGGACAGGGCUCUGGAGCGAAGCCAGAGGGAGAAUAGAGGGCUGAUGACGGUGAUGAACCACAUGUCGGUGGUGGACGACCCCUUUGUUUGGGGGUUCUUGCCCUGGAGGUUUUACAGAGACGUUGAUGCUAUCAGAUGGGGGUUGGGGGCCCAUAACGUGUGUUUCCAGAAUAAGUUCUUGACGUGUUUCUUCAGUUUGGGAAAGAUACUGGCCACCGAGAGGUUUGGCGUGGGUCCCUUCCAAGGAUCAAUCGAUGCUGCUAUCAGAAUCAUGUCUCCUGAUGAUACCCUGGAUUUGGUUUAUAAUGGUGAUGAUGAUGAGACAAAUUCAAAUUGGUUGGACCCAAACCAUUAUAAGUCAGAAUUAAAUAAAUUAACUCCACUGGCUCAGAAGAUUAACAAUGAUUACAUCCCUCCAAUUAAAAGAUCAAGACCUUCUUGGAUCCAUGUCUUCCCAGAAGCUUUUGUGUUACAAUUACAUCCACCACAUGCCAACUCAAUGAGAUAUUUCAAAUGGGGGAUAACAAGAAUAAUAUUAGAAUCAACAAGACAACCAAUCAUUGUACCGAUCUUUGCCACUGGGUUUGAAAAAAUUGCUCCUGAAACUGCUGCUGGUGGUAGUUUAAUUGAAAGAUUCUUACCUGCUAAUUUCGGUUGUGAAAUUAAUGUUACAAUUGGUGAUCCAAUAGAUGAUUCAAUAAUGGAAAACUUUAGAAAAGAAUGGUUAGAUUUAGUUAAAUCUCAAAAAACCUCAAUGGAUUUAAAUGAUGAAUUAAAAUUUGGUGAAAAAGCUCAAUUAUUAAGAAGUAAAGUAGCUUCAGAAUUAAGAAAAGCAGUCGCUGAUAUUCGUCAUCAAAUUGGAUUCCCUGAUGAAGAUCCAAGAUUUAAAGAUCAUAAAUUUUGGCAUGAAUUUACUAAAACUGAAGGGAAAUCUGAUCCAAAUGUUCAAUUUGUUGGUCAAAAUUGGGCAAUUAGAAGAUUACAAAGUUUCUUAAAAGAACAUGAUGAAUACGAGUUGAAUAAAAAUCAUGAAAAUGGGGAGGAGAAAAAAUGA